AGAAAUCAAUGUUUACAGUAUAGUAGAUGAAGGCGCGUCUAUUGAAAUUUUUGUAUUCAUAAUCACUUGGCUUCUCUAAGACUGCAAACUUUACAGAUUGAACUUCUAGGCUGUAAAUAUGUGAUACAACCGCAAAAAUGGCAGAGAGUGUCGUCGUUAGGACUGCAUCAUUCGACUCGCUUUUACGUCAGUUUUCUACAAAGUUUGAUCAAGCCGAAGCAACAGAUGUCAUCCUUGAACUGAAAAGACUCUAUCCAACCAGAAAAGAUUCCUUCGACCAAACUAACUUGUAUGGAGCCUUGAUACAACUUUACGAACUGGGAGCGAUUGAUGAUAAUGGAGAUCAGAAAUUAUUAGAAAUUGUGGCUAAGAAGACAUCGAAAAACAAGGAAAUUGUGGAAUUAAUUAGUGGCUACAAGAAAGGUUCUUCGCCAAGCAAAGAUGAUUUUGUCGGUAGGGAUGCUGAUGUGAGUAACAUUCUAARGCUUGUAAAGAAUCRUCGCGUACCAGGAGUCAACUUGUUUGGAGAUUCAGGAGUAGGGAAGACCACUUUGGCCAAAGAAGUUUCAAAACGUUUGAAUAGUUUUGAAACUGUGUUUAUAGAUGUGAGAAAUAUCAAGUGCCUAAAGAAUGUUUAUUUUCAUAUUUUACAAGCACUCCAUCUUCCUUCGUGGGACGACAACAAUAGAGAGAGAAUCUAUAAGCACCUAGAAAAUUUGAACCGGAAAACUGUUUUGAUUCUGGACAAUAUUGAGCAGCUACUUCAAGAGAGUGAUGCUGAACAGGAAACGAGAGCAGAUUUCUUGGAAUUUCUAAACGUCAUCAUAGGCAGUGAAGCAAGUAAAAGAGGACACUUGAAGGUCAUCCUUACCUCAACCACAGAAUUGAAUGAAUCAAAAUUGAAACAUAAAAUGUUUACAGAAUACAAUGUUCAACCAUUCAGCAACGAUGUCUCUAAAGAUUUCAUCAGUAGAAGAGCCAAGAGCGAUCUUUCAGAUGCUCAGCAGGAUGAAACAAUGUAUGAAAUCGCUGAUCUGUGUCGUAAUAAUCCGUAUUUAUUGCAUGGAGCAGAGCAGAUGAUGAGGGAAAAUUUUGCUAAACCUGCAGAUGUGCUGCGAAAAAUAACUGCACAACUAGAAUAUGGGGUACCAAAACAAUUUGCUUGUAUCAGUGCAUUGUUUGAAUCUCUACCAAAUGAUCACCUGAAACAGGUUGCUGUAAAGAUUUCUUUACUUCGUCGUCCUUUCUCUGUGUCCACUGCAAUGAAAAUCAGUGCUGAAAUCUCAGCUUAUGAUGCAGAGCUUGACCUUGAAUUGUUAGCAAUACACAGAAUCAUCACAGCAGAAGAUGCGGAGCUAAAAAGAACUAACGAAACGAAGAAGAAGAGGAAGUAUGACCUCCAUGCACUGUUCAGGGACUUUGUUACUUCACAUCUGUGCAAAAAAGAUCUAGUCUACAAGGAACAGUUGAAAAAUGGGGAAAAACAGUUCUUUCAACAUUUUUCUGGGAAGUUAACAAAGCUUGCAAAUAAUUUGGAGAGUGAGUUUGUGAAAACUUAUUCCAAGUUAGAGAUAAACAGAGCAAACUUCGAGCUUGCUAUUCACUUAUCCGAGGAAAAUAAGGAAACCUUGGACCUGUUGCUUCAUACUGAUGACCACAACCAGUUUGCACUUAUGGGAAUUCUCUUUGAAGUUUUAAAAGAUGAAAGAGAAAGAAGAGAACUUUUUGGAAAAUGGGCCGAGGCAGCCGAAAAACAGGAAAAAUGGUUUACCAGUGCACUAAUGAGAUGCUGGCAGUCCAUCCAAGGCUCCGAUUUGGAAGGAACACUCAACGAAGAGAUGUUAGAAAAGGCAAAGACGUCUAUCGAAAAACUGCAACCUACCAKUCCUGAAAAGUUGAAUGAGGUCAAUAGUUUGUUCUUGCAUUGUCAAGGGAAAAUCAAGUGGAUGAAAGCAAAGAAACUGUCUCCAGAACAAAGAACAAGGAAACAUGGCAAAAAGCUUCUCGAAGAAGGAAUCGAGCAUUUCAAGCAAUCAGUAGAAUUGAGAAAACAGUUGAAUGGAGAUAGCACUCUAACUGCUCGUGCAUUAAAUCUCAUUGGCAAUUGUUACAUGGAACUUGAGGACCCUAUAACUGCCAAGACGUACUACCAACAGGCAAUGGAUAUGAAAGUAAGGCUUGUCGGAAGUGAAAAUCAUUGGGAAUUUCCAACAUAUUACAACCAAUUGGCUCAAGUUCAUGAUAGUUUGGGUCGAAAAGAAGAAGAAAGGUACAAGUGGUACCAUCGCCUUUUUGGUUUCAAGGGAGGAGCAAAGAAAGAAUAUGGAAAGGCAAAAGAGCUGAUGGAAAAAGCACUGGCUUUGCAAGAAAAGCUGAGAGUGAGCGAAACAAUCCACACUGCCAUWUUUCAAAGAAACCUUGCAAAUAUUCUUAUCGGUCUUGGAAAGUAUGACCAGGCCCUUGAGCAUGCCCAGAAAUCCUUUGAAAUAACAAACGAGAUCCUUGGUAARCAUCCAGACACCGUGAGGAUUCUGUACCUGAUUGGGAUCAUUCAUGAAUGGAGAAAAGUUCAUAAAGAAGCUCUACGAAKUUAUGAAGAAGCUUUCGUAAUGGAGGAGUCUUUGCCUGAAGACAACCACAGUGUUGUAAGAAAACGACUGUGUGACAGACUUGAAGCAAUGUGUAAGAAACUGAACGAUAAAGACAAACUGAAAGAGUAUGGACCAAGAGUAACAAGGAUGCGAAAGGUUGAAGAUAUUCCAUUGAGGUUACAGCAUUCAUGUAAAGACAUUCCAGAUAUUUCAGCACCAUUUUCAGCAGACGAUUAUGAUGACCUUAGCGUAGCUGAGAUUUCAAUAGGCGAAAUGGGAGGUUCAUAUACUAUUUCGAGGAUCGGCGUUUUUCUUUAUUUUCCUCCCAGUGCUGUAGCUAAACGCACGGUAGUCACAUGCAAAGUUCGACCAAAAGACUACUCACCUUCCUCUGCUGGUGCUAAUGAGACUCUUGUUAGUAAUAUCUUGGAACUGGGUUCUAAUGAUGUAGAUAUACUUCAACCAAUCAAUGUGGCCUUGAUGCAUUCUGGGCCUGGUAGAGAUCUUGGUUACGAGACGGUAGUGAAAGUUUUCAACCAAGACAAAGGCGAAUGGCAAGAAAUAGAAGAAUUUAAAGACAAGUCACAUCUUCCUAARCACUGCGAGUGUGACCACAUUCAAGUACAGAUAAGUAAGCUGUGUAUCUUAGCAGUCGUAACUAGACUCAUCACAGAUCGAUUCCAAGUCACACCCAAAGGAUGUGUUGUCAGGUCUUCUGUAUGUGAUGAUGUCACGAUUGAGUUCCCUCAAGGAGCUGUUAACAAGACCGUGGAAGGGACCAUGAAGCUGAUACUCGUAGAUUAUUGGAAGAAAGAAAAUGGGUAUCCUCUCCCAAUACUGUGCGUAGAUGGCUUUGAUGACGUUCACUUUAAGAAACUGCCAGUAAUAAAACUGCCUCAACCUUGUACUGAAAAAAUAUUCUGAAAGUAAGAUCUGCGUGCUCURUCUGGAGGAUAGCAAAACUCUAAGUAAAAAUGAAAGCCAAUGGAAGGACAUCACAGAGAAAAUACACAUCGAAGAGAAUGAAUAUUCUAUACAACUACAUGUGWCACAUUUUUCCUGGUUGUCUGUUUGGAAAUGGAGAGGCACCCCACCCAUAAAAUCSAAAAAUAUCUUCAAAUAUUUUUCACCUCCAAGAAAUGUCUGUUUCGCAGUCUUUAAAACUAACGACGACUCCUUUAACAGCUUCAAACUAGGACUGUUGUGCGUUGAUAACAAUCACAUAAAAGAGUGGAA